GGCCCGGAGCAGAGGCAGGCUCCCUGAUGGGCCACCCGGCCGUGAUGGUGACCCUGCUGCCCAGCGUGCCCGAGGUGGUGCCAGCCCAGAGCCGCGCCGGGGAGUUCAUCCUCCUGCUGGACCACUCCAGCAGCACCAUGGACAGCAGAGACCCUUUCCGCCAACGCAUCAACAGCGCCAAGGAGACCCUGAUCCUGCUGUUGAAGAGUUUGCCCCUGGGCUGUUAUUUCAACAUCUAUGGCUUUGGGUCUCAGUUCGAGUCCUUCUAUCCGCAGAGCGUGGAAUAUACCCAGCAGACCAUGGCUAACUUGGGGGGCACCAAAAUCUUGGAGCCACUACGAGCCAUUUACCGCAGCCCCUGCCAGGACGGGCGUCCAUGCCAGGCCCCUCCUUGCCCGUCCCCGCCAUCCCGCUCCCCUGGGAGGCUGUUCCUGAACUUCCAAGAGGGAGACCCUGGGAGAGGGGGUGUCUCUGGGGGGGCUGUGGUCCCUGGCUCUGACAGCAUCUCUCCCCCACAGCUGUUCGUGUUUACGGAUGGGGAGGUAGAGAACACCCAGGAUGUCAUCGCAGAGGUGUGGCGUCACCGGGGGACCCACAGGUGCUUCUCCUUCGGUAUUGGGGAUGGGGUUUCCACAGCUCUGAUCAAAGGCAUUGCCCAGGCAGCAGGGGGCCGUGCCGAGUUCAUCACUGGCCAGGACCACAUGCAGCCCAAGGUGCUGCAGUCUCUGAAGCGGGCCCUGCAGCUGGCGGUGACCGGGAUCUCACUGAGCUGGGAUCUUCCCCCUAGGAUGCAGGCACAGCUGCUGCACCAGGGCCCCGAGGUGAUCUUUGCUGGGCAGCGGUGCCUCGUCUACGCCCAGCUCUGCGGGCAGCCCCAGCCCCCAGACACUCCCAUGGGGGGCGUCACCCUGCAGUAUGGCAUCCAGGACCAGACCUACAAGGAGACACUGCAGUUCCCCCUGCAGCCACAGGAUGGAGACAGGCUGCCUGUUCACUGGCUGGUGGCCAAGUCACUGCUGCUGGAGCUGGAGGGGGCCAUGGGCGCUGGGUCAGAGGGGGCCCGGCACCGGGCACUGGAGGCCAGUCUGAGCUUGGGGAUCAUCUGCUCCCUCACGGUCUGCGUGUGGAUGGACACGGAGCAGGGGCAGCCGGGUCAAUCGCUGCUGCUGGAGCUGGAGGGGCCGUGGGUGCUGUCAGAGGUGGCCCGGCACCGGGCACUGGAGGGGGUGGAUUUCUCUUCCCUCCCUUGGCUUCUCUGUGUCUAUUUGUGCGUCCGUCUGUGUCUCUCUCUGUCCAUCUGCUCCCUAAAUUUAGAUUUCAUCAAGGAAUAUAUGGAGAUGAUCGACUGCGUCUCAAUAAGGGAAGUCUCAAUAGACCAUAUCUACGAGCGAGCAGCGAGCAAAGUGCGCCUAGACAAACCGAACUACCGCAGCGUCUUCGGGCACCUGUCCCAUGACUUGCACACGGCAUUGUGGGCACUGGAGGAGUCUCCCUUGUUGAGGCUGGUGUCUCUGCAAAAUGCCAACGGUUCAUGGGACCUGGACCCCCAGCUGGCUGUCGUGCUGGGGGUGAGCGAGACCGAUGCCAGGGAGAGGAUACCGAGGGAGGACAUGACCCCCAGCAUCUGGGCCAUGGUGCUAGCCGUGGUCUGGCUGCACGACCGGACCGUGGGGCAGCGCGAUGAGUGGGAGCUGCUGGAGUCCAAGGCUGUGGGUUGGGUGCGGGACCGAGCAGGGGCCCAGCUGAGCGAGUGCCUGGAAGCAGCCAAUGCCCUACUGGGCUGCAGAAUUGGCCCUGCUGUCUUCGGGCUUUGAGCCCCCCUGGGAUCCCCAUACCUGCUCCCCAAACUACCUUGGGCAUUCAACCGGGAGCCCCAAGAGCCAACAGAGGGUGCAGAGGUGGCUGCACUGACCUCGCCCUGCAUGAGCCAUCCAGUGUAAACCUAGUCCCAUCUCUGCGGAGUUCAGCUAUUGGACAGACAGACAGACCAACAGGAUCUUUGCUUGUCCAAAUGCGACCUCAUUUUGUCAUAAUGGCAGAUUUCUCUUCGCUAGACAAUCCUGAACGCGAACAGGAGCGCAGUGAUUCGCAUAAUUCUUCAUUUCCUCUCUGUCUAGGUCUGGACUAGAGCUGGUCAGACAUUUUCCAGCUGAACAGUGUUGUGUUAGCAAAUGUGAUUUCAUGGUGAAGGCUGAAAGGUGGAAACAGGCAGCAGAGGGAGGAAGCUUGUCUCAUGCUGCAUGUUGUGAAUCCGUCCCCAGUCACCAGCUGCUGAAUUCUCUACUACAGGAAGAAAUGCUUAAAACCUGACCAUCCAUCUUGACGGUUAAUGCUCAUGCUGUGUCCAUCCUGGGCAGCACGGGGCCCUUCUCAGGACAUCCUGGGACUCAAGCAAAUGGUGAAAAACAUCAGCUGGUUAAUUUCCUGGAAAGAAAGUGCUAUUUUUAUCAAGAAACUUCAGGAGCAUAAGGAAGAAGCAAACAGUUUUCCCACUUUAUGUUAACCAGCCCUGACCUGCUUUGAACAGCUUUCACCACAUGACUCUGUGCUGGGUCACGUCCCUAUUUCAGCCUUUCCGUGUCUGAGAAGGCAACUCAAUAAAUUCAAUUGACAGCACCUGGAGUCCAAUCACAGCUACCUGCACCACAUGGUGCAGAGACUCUGGGGAAGGAUUAAGAUACCAGGUAAUUGAUUUAAUUGCCUUAAGCCCUGAAGGAAUGCCGCCCUGGGACUGAGAUUUCCCCAAAGGCCAGAUGGAAUUCAGAGAUCCUAAUUCUCACUUCCCUCUGUGAAUAGUGGAACUUCGAUACCAGCCGUGAUAUCCUGGUCCCAUUGAAAUCAAAGGGCCUUUUAUCUUCGACUUCAGCGGGCACAGAAUUUCAGCCCAUAUUACUGGACUUUUGCAAAUUAAACCCUGUGGCUGGGAUUUUGGAAGAAGUGGUUGAGGCACCCAGUUCCAGGGGGUUUGACCUCUCUGAAAAUCCCAGCCUAUCAUCCUGUUCCAAACCCAAUGAAGUCAGAAGCAAGGUUCUUUCAGAGAGAGCUGAGGAACCAGCUCCCAUUGGAAACUCCAGCCAGAGUGAGUCUUUUCAAUAGUCUUCAGAUAAACUCCGUUGGUAGAAGCUAAUUGCCUAGUUCCCUUUGGCGCCUUUGGAUAGUCCAGCUGACUCCAGUGGACUUUGAAGCAGGCCCAGUAUGUAUGCCUGAGCCUUUAGCUAGAUAGAUAGAAAAUCACCACACACGAAAUAAAAU